CGCGAUUCGAAUGGAAGCAUCACUUGGUUACCAGCCAUGAAGUUAAGCAGCGGACUUUCGGUUGUGACGCUGAUUUUCAUAGGUUUUAGCAGCGUGCUGGUCACAGGCGAAAAGACAGGCGAUGGCAAAGUAGAAUUGACGUCGUCUGAUUCGCAUCCAGAAUAUGGCAACGAGGCUCAAAGCGAUGAAUACGGAAAAAGAAACUUUGGGCGUUGGAAAAAUCUCCGAUGGCAAAUUCAACAAUCCGCAAACAAUCAAGGACAAGGGCCGGACAGUUACGCAAUAGAUAAACGAUUUGCACUCGGAGGCAACGCAGACCGUCGUCCGUACAACUUCAGGCUGCCCUAUUACCUUUACAACCCUGAUUCUGAAUCCCAAAUUUACCCAGUUGGUUUUGAAAGCGAUUACCCGUUUGAUGACAUUGGUUAUGAUAAACGUCACUCUAGUCGUUGGAACAUUAUCCUUCGCAAGCUUGGGGCCCUUUCAACUCCCGACGAGAGUACUGCAGGCAAGCGGUCGGCAUCGCGUUGGCGGUUUAUUCAAAAUAAGCUUAACCAGUUAGGCGACAAACCAGACUUGGGGACAAGCAAGCGAAAUCUUGGACGAUGGCGAAAUACGAACUGAAUGCUCAAGCAGAACAGCGGGGCAUAAUUGUUGUGGUGUGAACUGUUUUUAAAUUGAAUCUAAGACUGACUUGGUAGUGUUAAUUGAUCCUGCUUGUUAUAUUAAAAAUGAAUGUAUUUGAAGUAUGUCUUUAUUUAUCAUAUAAUAUCAAAUAAUAAACAUGUACACGUUAGUAUAUCUUAUGAUAUAUAUAUAUAUAUAUAU